UGCAGGUGGGAGCAUUUCGGAGCGCCCAAGCCAUGGUGGCCAAACAGCGGAUCCGGAUGGCUAACGAGAAACACAGCAAAAACAUCACCCAGAGGGGGAACGUAGCCAAAACCCUGAGGCCACAAGAAGAGAAAUAUCCUGUAGGACCAUGGCUGUUGGCACUGUUUGUUUUUGUUGUCUGUGGCUCAGGUAUGGGCAUUUCACUGAACUUAUACCCCAUGUCCUCCACUGUAUUUCCAAAAACAUGUGUUGUUCAUGAAGUAAAUAGAUGA